UGCUGAGGCCAUUUAGACCUAUUUGAAAUUGGAACCCGGUAAAGUUAGUUAUCAUGACCGUUAGAUACCUUACCCGCCUGAAAUCGAUACAGUUAUGUCCUCCAUGGGCUUUCUCAAAGCUCAACCUCUCUUCUUUGUCUAACAAAUCAGCGACUACAACUGUAAGCCCAAAUGGCGCUGCUUUUAGAAAGGAGCAAGGAGUCAUGUCCCUUUUCAAGCAGUGUUCCACCAUGAAAGAUUUGAAGCAAGUCCAUGCCCAUAUAAUCCGAACUGGCUUUAAUCAGAACCUCUAUGUCGUUGGCAAGAUCAUCGUGUUUUGUGCGGUUUCGGAGAGCGGAGAUAUGGAUUAUGCGGUUUCGGUUUUCGAUGAAAUUGAAAACCCAGAUGGGUUUCUUUGGAAUACCAUGAUUAGGGGGUUUGGGAAGACUAGUCAGCCAGAGAAGGCUUUUGAGUUCUAUAAGAGAAUGCAAGAGAGAGGAGAGGUGGCAGACAAUUUCACUUUCUCUUUCUUGCUCAAGUUUUGUGGGAAAUUGGGGUCAGUUAUGUUGGGGAAUCAGAUACAUUGCGAUACUGUGAAACAUGGCCUGGAAUCUCAUGUCUUUGUGAGGAACACACUGAUUCAUAUGUAUGGCUUGUUUAAGGAUAUCGAAACUGCACGCCGACUGUUUGAAGAAAUACCCAGCCGGGCCAGCCCAGCUUUAGUAACUUGGAACACUAUCAUUGAUUGUCAUGUCUAUUGUGGGAAGUGCAAGGAAGCACUUGACCUGUUCUUGAGGAUGCUGCAGAGCGGCGUAGAGCCUGAUGAGGCUACAUUGGUUGUGACCCUCUCAGCGUGUUCUGCUUUGGGUGCAUUAGAUUUCGGGAGGUGGGUUCAUUCCUGCAUUAAUCAUUCUAGCCUUGGCGACACUGUUUCGGUGUCUAAUUCGCUAAUUGACAUGUAUGCAAAGUGUGGAGCUGUUGACGAAGCAUGUGCGAUCUUCAAUGAGAUGAAAGGGAAGAACAUAGUAUCAUGGAACACAAUGAUUCUAGGUCUUGCAGCACAUGGCCGUACAGAUGAGGCAUUGGUAAUUUUCACAAAAAUGUUGGAAGAAAAGCUUGAGACACCAAAUGAUGUUACUUUCUUGGGAGUUUUGUCUGCUUGCAGCCAUGGAGGGCUGGUAGAUGACGGAAGAAGAUAUUUUGAUGUUAUGAGCAAAAACUACCACAUCCAACCAACAAUGAAACAUUACGGGUGCAUGGUGGAUAUAUUGGGACGAGCCGGGCUUGUGGAGGAGGCUUACCAGUUGAUAAGAAGCAUGCCAAUGGCAUGCAAUGCCAUUGUGUGCAGGACAUUGUUGGCUGCAUGUCGGGUGCAUGGAUAUGUUGAAAUUGGGGAGAAGGUGAGAAGCCAUCUAUUGGAGUUAGAACCAGAUCAUAGCAGUGAUUAUGUUCUCCUCGCAAACAUGUAUGCUAGUGCAGGUCAAUGGAACGAAAUGACAAGAGUGAGAAAAGCAAUGCAGGACAGGGGAGUUCAGAAACCAGAGCCUGGUAAUAGCUUCAUUGGCAUUCAUUCCACUAUGAGGUUAAGGAUGGAGGUCGAUGAGGUUUACAAACACAAGAAUACUGCAUGUACCACUUGAUUUCAAUAAUACAGGAAAGAUGCGGUUUUCUUUGUAUCGUCCAUUUGGCAUAACAUUAGAUUCUUUGUAGUUCGACAUACAUUCAAGGGGAAAUAAGGUCCUGAGCUCUAUUAAGAAGUGUGCAGAAAGUUAUCUACAAAUUUAAAUGGAAGCUGCAUAUUUGUUA